AUCCUCCUUCCUCUCAGAACAAGGUGAGGCUCCGCCUCUACCACUCCUAGCCUCUCUUGACUCGCCCUUCUAAAAACCCGCUUACCCCUAACUGUACAAAAUUUUCAGCCCUCAAUUAUUGUAUUUUGGUUUUAAUUUUUUUUUUUAUUUAAAAAAAAAAAAACUGCUUUCUUUGCCUUUUGGUUCAGAAUAGGAUCUUCUACAUCCAUGGCUUCCACAAAGAAAGAAUUGGAUCGGAUAAAAGGUCCGUGGAGCCCCGAAGAAGACGAAGCGUUACAGAGACUUGUUCAGAACUACGGCCCAAGGAACUGGUCUCUGAUCAGCAAGUCCAUCCCUGGUCGAUCCGGCAAGUCUUGUCGACUAAGGUGGUGUAACCAGCUUUCUCCAGAGGUCGAACAUAGGCCCUUUACCCCCGAAGAAGAUGAAGCCAUUAUCAGAGCCCAUGAAAGGUUCGGUAACAAGUGGGCCACGAUCGCCCGCCUUCUCAAUGGUCGCACCGAUAACGCCAUUAAGAAUCACUGGAACUCGACGCUUAAGCGGAAAUGCUCCUCGAUGACCGAUGAUUUGAACGGUGAUGAGCAUGAACAGCAGCCUCUCAAGAGAUCUGCCAGUGUCGGUGCGGGAACAGUCGUAUCGGGUCUGUGCUUUAACCCGGGUAGCCCGUCUGGAUCCGAUUUGAGCGAAUCCAGUUUACCCGGUAUUUCUCCAUCCCAUGCUUAUAGACCACCGCCCAUAACCGUACCCGUUUCUGCGCCGGGUCAGCAGUUGGAAACUCUAUCUUCUACCACCGAUCCACCUACUUCGCUCAGCCUCUCGCUGCCUGGAUCCGAUUCAGGUGAGGUAUCGAAUCAAGGUUGCGGGUUCAGAUCCAAUCGGGCUGUGUCCCCCACCCAGAACUUACAUCCCCAAACACCGGCAAUAUCGGUGCAACGAGAAACAGCCAGCGCCUUUAAUCAGAGCGAUCGGAGCGGCGAGUUAUGUUAUGAGAAACAGUUCUUCAGUGCGGAGUUCCUGGCUGUGAUGCAAGAGAUGAUCAGAAAGGAAGUGAGGAACUACAUGUCCGGGAUUGAGCAGAACGGUCUGUGUCUGCACACCGAUGCAAUUAGGAACGCUGUGGUUAAGCGUAUUGGGAUUAGCAAGAUCGAGUAGCAGCAGCCAAUCAAAGAAGAAAAGCUGUAGUCCUUGGUGAUCAUCACUGUGAUCAAAUUCUCAAAUUCUAUCCAACUCAUAACAGAAGCAUGUCCGAGUAGCUAGAGCAACCAACUAGUGCAGAACCGGAUCUUUGUUCUUAAAUUUCCGUUUCUUCUUUUUUUAAAUUUCUUUAUAAAUACCAGCGAAAUAAUGGUAGUGUACAGACGAACCAAAAAAAAAAAAGGGGUUAAGGAGAGGUGGAGGACAAUCGGAGAGGCUUUUUUAUAUUUUUUUAAUUUUCUUUUUUAUAUGAUAGAAGAGGAUGAUUUGGUGGA